AUGUUCUGGACGUCGAAGUCCAAUAUUAGCUCCAGCUACUCCUACUCAUCAUCGCCCACCUUUACAGUAGACCCAUGGAAUGUCCAUUCGGGGAGGCCUAAGAGUAACGGCUCUUCUGGUACCAGCUCGAAAGUUUCAGUAUUCAUAUUCGAUAAGAAGCAGUUCGAGAACCACCUGUUAAGUUCAGGCGCUAUUAAAUCGCGCUCGUCUAGUCGAGAUAAGCAGUUUAUUCAAAAUGCUUAUGAUAUACUAAGGACGCAGGUGAAUCAACUGGCGAAAUUGAAGCACCCCAAUAUUCUUGGGUUAGUCGAACCUUUGGAAGAGCACUCGAAAACAUUCAUGUUCGUUUCUGAAUACGUUUCCUGCAGUCUAGAAUCGAGUCAGGAUAACGGAUCAACUGAAGCCUCUGAGAUGCUUACCCUCUCUCGAUCAUCGGGCUGUGGCAAUGUUAUUACACAACGAGGUAUCCUACAGAUAUCCCAAGGCCUGGACUUCAUUCACAACCGUGCGAACUCCGUAGCACUCGAUUUGAGACCGGCAUCCAUCCUUGUUAAUGAAAAUUCUGAUUGGAAACUGUCGGGUCUAGGUUAUCUCACCAAACUUCCGCCAGGUUGCAAUACCAGCCAGUAUAACCCAGACUUUGAUCCACGCUACCCCGCUUUCAUGCAUAUUCCACUGAAUUACAGUGCGCCUGAAUUGAUUUUGGAUAAUAUGCUCACGCCAAGGAAUGAUUACUUUUCACUAGGCCUCUUGAUUUACUUCUUGUAUCAUAAGAGGCAUUUGAUCUCAUGCCAAGAUUACAUUGGCGACUACAAAGAGGAGUACAGCAAAUUCGAACAAGACCUGCUGCGACUGUCCUUUGACAGAUUUUUCGCCAAAUUGCCCGAGAAAUUGAGGCCCAGCAUGUCUAAGCUCAUGAACAGAGAUGUUUUCUCUAGGUUUGAUAAUAUUAGUGAGUUUUUGGACAUAGAGUUUUUUCAAGACCCGCUAGUCAAAACAUUAGCGUUCUUGGACGACUUACCAACCAAGAGCUCGCAGGAAAGAAGCGUAUAUUUGAGUGGAUUACUUGAUAUGUUACCGCAGUUUCCGGCACAAUUGUUACAACGGAAAUUUUUACCGGUACUACUGCACUUGCUUGAUCAAAUGUGCGCCUCAGACGUCGUAGAUUCUGCAAGUUUGAAUACACUGGUUACUGUUAUAUUAAAAAUCGGCGAAACCUUGUCGCAACUUUCCUUUCAAGAAAAAAUAUACCCUCACCUUGCGGACAAAGAAUCUUUCAAAUGCUUGAUCGAUAAUGCCACAACCAGCUUGAUUGAAAACGUCGCCAUCUUGCAACAAAAAAUAAAGGCUGAUCUAUUCGCGGGCGAAAUUCUGAAGCCUCUUUGUACUUUUGUCUUCUCUGCCACUUCUGGAGAGAACAGCGUUUUGUUGCAAGAAUUGUUGAUGAAGAGACUAGACGUGUUACUUCAAGUUUUCGAUUUUCCAACAGUUAAAAACUUUUUGCUCAAGCUGCUAUCGGGGCUCUUUGUCAAAACAACAAGUCUAACUGUUAAGACUGCUUGCGUGGAUAGUUUCUGUACUAUGAUUGAGCGCAAGGCAAUUGACAAGUUCACAGGUGUCGACGAACUAUUACCUUUACUCAAAUCCAUGAAGACCAGGGAGCCGCGAAUUUUGAUGAAAACACUAGAACUGUUGCGGGUCCUCUCGGAGCUGGUGGAAACUGAGCAGGUUUUAGUCGAACAACUGCUUCCUUUACUAUGGGACUUUUCUCUCGCGUUGACACUAUCACCCAACCAAUAUGCUCAUUUUAUUAAGGUGAUAAACAAUCUUGGUCAAGACGUCCAACGAAAGCACAUGGAGAGGCUCAAAUCUUCCAACGGAGCCAACGUGAACUUCAGCAAAGUGAUUGAGAAUCCAGUACCGAAGGCCGAGGACCCAGACUUGCAAGCCUCCCAUAAGAUAGAUGUUCCUGCUAUUGUACCAAGAGCCCAGACUGGUACUAACCGAAAACAAAUUCAUAGACCGGUACCGAAAACCGAUUUGCCACGGACUCCGGACACUGGUUCAAGUUCUCCGCUAACACCUCACCGCCUCAAAUCUGCUGUCAGACAUUCAAAACCUGCUGAGACCCUAAAAUCGGGGAACGCGAAAUACGCGACUGGGAUCGUCUUCAACACUGCUUCGCCCGAGCCGCUUAGAAGUGAACCGAAGCGCAAUUCAGCGGAAGUGGACGAUUUUGACGACUUCGUUUCUUCGACUCCUUCGCUGAGAAGCGCUCCGUCGCCUCCAGUAUCUAGUAAAAUUUCAACCAACACAACCGCAAACUUACCUCCAGGGUUUUCAAUGACGAUGCAGCCCCAGAAAAAUGUGUCUUCGCGCCACAUUUCAUCUCAAUCUGCUAAUGAAUCGGCGUCGCUACUUUAA